AUGAAGUUGCUUGUUCUCAUCACCGUUUUUUGUUUCUACAUAUCCACUACCACUUCCGUCUUGCCGGACUGCGGCCGGAUCCCGCCAAAUUUCUGGUGUAAAAACAUGCAGAUUGCCACACAUUGCGGGGUGGCGGCGGCUUGUCAACGAUACAAUCAGCUGAGUGCGAAUCGAAAAGUUCACAUUCAAAUCAUCAUGGAGUCGUUGUGUCCGUUCUGUCAACGGUUUAUUGUCGACAAAUUUUACCACGAUGUGUACUUGAAGUUCCGAGGAUAUGUUGAUGUGGAGUUGGUCCCUUACGGAAAUGCCGAGCGAAAUGUGAGUGGAAAAUGGGCGUUUAUAGUGUUUUCAGAAAGUGCGUAGACUUUUUUCGGCCUCUUUUCCGCACAGUGCAAACGACUUUUUUGUGGUUUGCACGGUGCGAAAGAGAAAAAAAUGCACCGUGCACAAAAACUCUCCAUUUUUUUGCACUGUGCGUUGGCGACAAGCGUGGGAAAAAGUUCAAGAUGCACUGUGCAAACGAACUUUGUUUGCACGGUGCGAAAGAGAAAAAAAAUGCACUGUGCGCUGGCGACAAGCGUGGGAAAAAGUUCAAAUUGCACUUUUUUUUCUCAGUGCAAAAUGUUUUCGAAAAGGAUCGCGUCGCGCGAGGAACAGAGAACUUGCACGGUGCGGUGCGAAAAAAGGCCGAUUGCCCUGUGCACAUUUUUGAGCAAAUCGCAGCGACGCAGUUGAGAAAAGCUUACGUCGCAGCGAUAUUUCAAACGCACAGUGCAACACCAAAAAAAGAUGAGUGCACGGUGCAAAAAAUCGUUGGAUUUUUGUGCACAGUGCGGACCGCGACGACACAAAAUGAAAUUGCACAGUGCAAAAUGUUUCGAAAAGGAUGAAUUCCAUCGAUUGCGACCCAAAAUGGGGUAAAGCGACCCCGGGGUGAAAAUUCCUUGACUUUUUUCGGGAAAAACUUGCCUUAGGGGUUUUCGAGGGUGCUGAUUUCGAAAAUGAUGUUCAUUUUUUCUGAAACUUACUAGUUUUCCUUAAGCAGUAGUGUUAAAAAGCAAUUUUUUGAAAUUUUUCCAAAAAUACUCGAUUUAGGGGUUUUCGAGGGUGCUGAUUUCGAAUAUCGGGUUUAUUUUUUCUGAAGAUUACUAGUUUUCCUUAAGCAGUAGUGUUAAAAAGUAAUUUUUUGAAAUUUUUUCAAAAAUACUGCUUAAGGAAAACUAGUAAGUUUCAGAAAAAAUGAGCAUUGUUUUCGAAAUCAGCACCCUCGAAAACCCCUAAAGCAAGUUUUUCCCGAAAAAAAUCAAAGAAUUUUCACCCUGGGGUCGCUUUACCCCAUUUUGGGUCGCAAUCGAUGCGGGGUCGCAAUCGAAGGUUUCCAAAAGGAUCGCGUCGCUCAGCAUGCACUGUGCGGUGCGACAAAAGGCCGAAAAAGGUCUACGCUCUUUCUGGAACGACCAGUACGAAUAAAAGCCCUCUAAAACCCCAAUUCCAGGGCAUGUCGAUCAGCUGUCAGCACGGUGAGAAGGAGUGCGAGAUCAACACCUUCUUCUCCUGCGCGCAACAGCACGUGAAUCCCCCGUUCGACUUUGUCUAUUGCAUCGAACGAGAGCUGAAGAAUUUUAGCACUUUCGAAGUGGCGAAGACCCGUUGCUAUCGGGAGCGGAAUGUGCCGGUCGCCACACAGAGCCGUCUGCAAUCCUGCACGUACGGCAACGAGGGCCGACAACUGCAGCUGCAGGCGGCGCGCAUCACCGAAGCCGAGUUCCCGGAGCUGCAUUUGACCGUCCCCUACACCAUUAUUAAUAAUGUGAGCCUGGUCAGCGCGCAGCAUAUGCGCUCGAAUUUGGGCCUCAUGAUUUGCGACUGGUAUGUGGGCAGGAAUUUUGUGCCGCCACCCUGCAAGGAGUUGAGUUAA